AUGGGCCUGGCAAAGCAUUUGCACCCAGAGCAGCCAUUAUACGGACUCCAGGCGCGUGGAUUGGAUGGAAAGACCCCGCUAGCAGGUUCGGUCGAGGAGAUGACACUGGAUUACAUUGAGCACAUCCGCAAGAUUCAGCCUCACGGACCAUAUCACCUCCUCGGCUGGUCCUUUGGUGGUAGUGUUGCUCAGAGCAUUGCGGUGGAGCUUGAGAAGCAAGGUGAAAAGGUACCUUUACUGGUUAUCAUGGACUCUACAGCAGACUACUCUAUGAUGGGCGACGUCGAAGUUGACGAACAAGAUGGAAGCGAACAAGUUGAGCAUUUGGCACGGUUCGGAAGCAAGGAUUCUACUGAAGAUGGAUGGGCACUCUGGAAGAGGACGAUGCCCAUCAUUAUUAACAACAAGAAACUAGCCAAGCGCUUCACCCCUUCGGUCUAUAGUGGCGACAUUCUCUUCUUCCGAGCAACAAUCCCGCAGGACGAGAAUACGCCUCUGGUUGACUCGGCCAGCUGGAAACCUUAUACACUCGGAAAGGUCGAGGUGCAUGAUGUUGAAUGCACGCACUUGGAGAUGGACAAGCCUGAAAACAUUGCGUUGAUUGGAGGCAUUGUCGCCGCAAAGAUUGAGGGGCUGCUGCGAUAA